GACCAGCAAUAUUAUUUACAAAAGUAAAAUAUAAAUAUAUAUGUUAAGACUUGGAAACUAGGAUGGCUGAAGAAUCUCUGAUUGCUUCACCACUAGCUUGUGCCCAGCAGUCAUUCCACACAUUCAAUUCUGGGCCUUCUUCCUCUGGCAAGCAAUCAGGAAGACAGCUGGAGUGUCGAGUGUGUGAAGAGAGCUUCAGUCUUGGUGGAGAUAAAGUGCCACGUCUGCUGUUCUGUGGCCAUACAUUAUGUCACUCUUGCUUGCUGAGACUUCCUAUGACUUCUGCUGCUGAUGAGGCAUCCAGCAGCUCCAGCACCACAUCUGCUGCUGUAGUUAAUAGUGUUAUAUGCUGUCCUUUCGAUAGGCAGCCUACUCCUAUAGACAACAAUGGAGUAUGGGGCUUGAAGAAGAACUUUGCACUGUUGGAGGUUCUGGAGCGCAGCAAUGGAGCCAGUGAACAGCAAGCAGGAGGUCAACAGCCUCUCCUUUCUCCUGACCUGUUGCGUCGCCAGCCAGUGGCUUGCAGCGUGGGACUGG